UCCCCAAUGUUCCUUCUGCUGGUCCUCUUCUUGCUCCUUAACAUACCUUCCUCUUUAGUCAGGAAAGAAAAAUUCCCCUGCUUUGAGCAAAUCAGUCCACGAGUCCACAGAGAUGGGGACCUGCUUAUUGGUGGUUUUUUUCCCCUGUACUUAAUGGCAGUGAAGAGUUUCACAGGAGCUGAGAAUAUAUACAAGGCCUGCAAUCCACACCAGUGGCUGCACAAAAAUUACCAACAGGUUCUGGCCCUGAUGUUUGCUGUGGAGGAGAUCAACAGAGACCCCUGGCUGCUCCCUAAUACUACCUUGGGAUUUCACAUCUACAACACUUAUCAUAGUGAUGUCAGGACCUUGGAGAGCUUCCUGAUGUGGCUCUCAGGACAGGGCCAGACUAUCCCAAAUUAUAGCUGUAAGAGACAGGACAAGUCCAUGGCUGUUAUUGGAGGAGCCACAUCUGCUCUUUCUAUCCAGAUGGGGACCCUGCUGGAGCUUUACAGGUUCCCACAGAUAAGCUAUGGCCCAUUUGAUCCUGCCCUGAGUGACAGGGUCCAGUUUCCCUCCCUCUACCAGAUGGCCCCUCAGGACUCUUCCCUGCACCUGGGCAUUGUCCAGCUGCUGAUACACUUUGGCUGGACCUGGGUGGGGCUGGUUGUCCCAGAUGACAUGAGAGGUGAGAAGUUCCUCUGGGACAUGGGAGAAGAGAUGAGAAGGAACAAAGCCUGUGUGGCCUUCACAGAGAAGAUCCCUGUCAGUGAGAGAUGCCAUGCUCAAUCCCAGGUGGAUUUCAUGCCUAGAAUUAUGACAUCAUCAGCUAAAGUGAUUAUCAUCCAUGGAGACACAGGCUCUCUGAUGAUCCUGAGAUAUUCACAGCCACCAGUAUUUACAAUUUGGAAGGUGUGGAUUAUCACCUCACACUGGGAUGUCACCAUGAGGCCCCACAAUCAUGAUGGAGAUGCUUUUCAUGGAGCUCUCAUAUUUUCACAUCAGACAAGGGAGAUUCCUGGUUUCAAAGCUUUUCUCAGGACAGUCACCCCAGCCAAAUACCCUGGAGACAUUUUCCUUAAGAGUUUCUGGGUCUCAGCAUUUGAGUGUCCAGAUGAACCAACCAAACUGGAGCAAGACUGUUCAGCGAAUGCUUCCUUGGAGAUGCUGCCUUUGCAUUAUUUUGACAUGACCACAUCUAGCAUUAGUUACUUCCUCUACAAUGCUGUGUAUGCUGUGGCCUGGGCUCUUCAUGGCAUUCUCCAGAGCAGAUUGGAAAUGGGAACUGUGAGAGAAGAAGGGUGCCUGGUGCUUCAACCCUGGCAGCUUCACUCAUCUCUGAGGAAUAUUCACUUUAACAACACCGCUGGGGACCUGGUGGCUUUGGAUGAGGACAAGAUUCCUGUGGCUAAAUAUGAUAUCAUGAGUUUGGGGGUGCUGUCUAAUUACGAUGAAGUUCUGGUGAAGGUGGGGCAGUUUGUCCCUCAGGCUCCAUUUGGUCAAGGCUUUACCAUUUGUGAGAAGGAGCUACAUCACAACUGGCUUGAUUUGAAGACCCUCCAGGCUGUGUGCACUGAUCAUUGUAGCUCUGGAUUCAGGAAAAUUUCCCGGGAGGGAGAGCCUGUCUGCUGCUUUGACUGUGUCCAGUGCCCAGAGGGUGAGAUUUCCAACCAGAAGAAUAUGGAUAAUUGUGUGAAGUGCCCAGAAGAUCAAUAUCCAAGCAGAGAGAAAGACCAGUGCCUGCCAAAGGUAGUGACCUUUCUCAAUGUCCAAGAACCUUUGGGAUGGACCCUGACCUGCAUGGCUCUCUCCUUCUCUCUCCUCACUGUUCUGAUUCUCAUUGUCUUUGUGAAGCAUCAAGAUACUCCCAUUGUCAAGGCCAACAACAGGGUUCUCAGCUACACUCUUCUCAUCUCUCUCAUCUUUUGCUUCCUCUGUUCUUUGCUUUUCAUUGGCCGUCCCACCACAGCCACCUGCCUCCUUCAGCAAACAAUAUUUGCAGUCGUGUUCACGGUGGCAGUUUCCUCUAUUUUGGCCAAAACCAUCAUGGUGGUUCUUGCUUUUAAGGCCACAAGACCAGGGAGCAGGAUGAGGAUGUGGGUACAGCCUAAAGUGUCCAGUUCUCUUGUCCUGCUCUGCUCUGGGAUCCAAGUGAUUCUGUGUGGGAUCUGGCUGGGGACCUCACCUCCCUUCUUAGGUACAGACACUCAAUCUGAACCUGGCCACAUCAUCCUUGAGUGCAAGGAGGGCUCAGCAACUGCCUUCUACUGUGUCCUGAGCUACAUGGGCAUCCUAGCCCUGGGCAGCUUCAUGGUGGCUUUCCUGGCCAGGAACCUUCCUGACACCUUCAAUGAAGCCAAGUUCAUCACCUUUAGCAUGCUGAUCUUCUGCAGUGUGUGGAUCUCUUUCCUCCCCACAUACCAGAGUUCCAAGGGGAAGGCCAUGGUGGCUGUGGAGGUCUUUGCCAUCUUGGCCUCCAGUGCUGGGUUACUGGGCUGUAUCUUUAUUCCCAAGUGUUUUGUGAUCCUUCUAAGGCCAGAAAGGAACACCCUGGAAAGGCUAAGGAAUAAAGCAGUUUCCAGAGACAGGAACUUUGCCCCCAAGGAUCUUCCAGGGGCAUGA